CUGGAAGCAGUCCAGCAACCUUGUCUUCAUUAAAAGCGUUGACAGGUUGCAGGAUGGAUUAUUUUAAAGACAAGUAUUUAUUCAUCACAACCUUGUUGGCCUUUAUGAUAUCCUGCAACGGCCAAACGAUUUUAGGUGUCCAGCAUUUUGCCCGACAGCUUAUAGAACAAGAAUCGUGGUCCCAAAUUGCGAAACACGUAGAGGAUCAUAGUAGACUUGUUGCAAAUGUUCAAUUAGAAGAGCUGCAUCGUGAAUUGAAAACCUCUUUGUUUGCUUCGAAUUCGAAUUAUAACUACAGUUUGCAGUGCAUCGAAGACGUCGUCUUCUACGUUGACAGCCUCUUGCUCAAUAGAAGUAAAUGGGCCCUUGAAAUGCUGGAGUCAUCGGCUCAGUUUCCAGCUGGGGUCUUCGGUGCUGGCAAUUAUCAUGCCGAAGGAUUGUUCGACGAGUGCCUCGCUGUUCGUGGCGGAUCAAACCGAUUUCAAGGCCAAUAUUGCACCGUCUUCUUCAAACCGGAACGGGUAUCCGGAAUGAUAGGCAAUCAUACGACAACGGAGAACAAUCAAACCGACAGUUCUACUGCUUUAAUUAUUUUAAAUCACUUGUUUGGAACAUCGGUGGAGGACGCCGUCCGAGUGGAACCUAAAAUUUCAUCGGUAGAUCCUUCGACAUACAUGCUACCCAGCUUGGGUCUUUGCAUUCCAUCUUCGUGCAGCGCUUCCGAUCUUGCCCAUUCUAUCGCCCAGCUGAUUGGUCGUUACGUCAUCGCAAAUCAAUCCAUCGUCACAAUAGCCGAUGAAAAAUAUUGCUUCACAGCUGAAGAGGAUUCAUCCACAUCGUUUAGCGGUCCCGACAUUGCCGUCAUGGCAACAUUGGGUGUGAUUGGCCUCUUGAUUUUCUUAGCCACUGCACAUGAAAGUUGGCGCAUGUACCGUGGCAUUAGCUUCUCCGGAUCCGAUAAUGCAGCCGUCUCUGUUUUGCAUUGCUUUUCGGCGUUGAAUAACGGCCGGAAGGUGUUGUCCUUAAAGUCCGCAGGUUCUGAUAAUCUGUCCUCUUUACAUGGAAUUCGAUUCUUUUCUACCUGUUGGGUUGUUCUGGGACACACAUGGUUGAAAGGUAUCAUGAGCAACGUCAUCAAUCCCAAUAUGGUGGUAGAGGAAGCAAUGCGUUGGGAAAUGGAGACUAUCAUUAACGCUACCGUUUCUGUUGAUUCAUUUUUCUUGAUGAGUGGUUUACUUGUAUCGCACCUCCUUCUUCGAGAACUCGAUCGUAACGAAGGUAAAUUCAAUGUUCUGCUGUUCUACGUUCAUCGAUAUCUCAGAUUGACCCCGGUUUAUGCUAUUAUUUUGGGUUUUAUUGCCACGCUGAUGGUCUACAUUGGCACAGGCCCCAAUUGGUACAACGUCAUCGUAGCAUCCGAGGGAUGUCGGGUUAGCUGGUGGAGGCAGUUCCUUUACAUUAACAACCUCUUCCCGACCGACAUGAACGUUCAGUGCAUGGGAGAGACUUGGUACAUAGCAGUGGACAUGCAGCUAUUUAUCAUAGCACCGCUUUUGAUUUACCCAUUAUGGCGAUGGAAAAAUACUGGCCUCAUAUUAUUGGCCAUCGUCACAUUAGCCACUUUGGCUGCCAAUUUCGCAGUCUUUGCAAUCUACAGCUUUCCGCCUACCCUCAUGCCAAGUCGAAUGCAAGAGAUGAUGAGAUUAGUUCCGACUUACAUGGACAAUUAUUAUUUCAAACCGUGGACUCGCGCACCCCCUUACCUGAUUGGCAUUUGGACGGGAUGGUUUUUACAUCGCGUUAAACAAUCCAAACUGCACGUAUCUCCGUGGAUAGUUGCGCUGUUGUGGACGCUAUCGGGUGCCGUUGCCGCGUCAAUCAUUUACGGAUUGACUCCGUACGUUAACGAGACGCUAGUGCCAACGAUCGAUGACGUUGUUAAAUUAACGUACGGACCACUUCACAGAGCUGCCUGGGCUUUGGCUCUUGCCUGGACUAUCGUGGCAUGUAUCCAUGGUUACGGAGGAUUUAUCAAUCGAUUUCUGUCUUGGAGAGGAUUCUUACCUCUGAGUCGAUUGACCUACUGCGUCUACCUCAUCCACUUCGAUUACCUCAAUGUGUUUUAUUCAUCGAACCGCAAAAUGAUUUACUACAGUUUUAUCGAUCAGUUAACGACCUUCUUCGGUAUCACGGUGACCGUGUUUGCAUUGGCGUUGAUAGUGUCUGUCUGCGUCGAAGCUCCAUUCAUCAAUUUCGAACGAUGGUUGUUUAAAUCACACGUCGAUAAUGCAGGGACACGAGCAAUGAAGGGAAAAGAAAGUAGGACAGAUCCCGAACUGAAUGCUAAUAACGGUCAUGUCAACUCUACUUUCCACUCUGAAGAAAAUCCAGUAGAUGCUGAAGUACCUUCUGUAAUGAAACUGUAA